CGGAGCCCAAAAGCAGCCCGCCACAGUAGAUAAGCAAUUCCUGUGACCUUAAAGGAUAAGAUAAAAUUUGCUGGAGUUUGGGUGGAUCCCCGAACUUCGGCCCCCUACGUCCCUUGAUCUGAUUGGUGAGCUGGCUGAUGAGUUACCACUGGGUAAAGUGGCCGACUCUUGGGUCUCUGGCAAUUUUGACUCCUCCAUUCUCCGGGUCUAUCCCGUUUCUUUUUUCCCCGUCCACGUUGUCCGGUCGCUCUCGUCCGACUCCGGCAUUCCCUUUCCCCCCCCCCCCCCCUCCAUCUCUGGCCCAUCUCCCAUCGCUGUAUAUAACAUUGCCCCCGUACCCCUCGACCAAGAUUCUUCUUUCCCUCUCUCCUUCAUCUCUCCAGCUCUCUCUCUCUGCCUCUUUCAAACCUUAAUUGCAUCUUUUUAUUUGAUCGCAAGCGCCGAUCUCUUUUCCGACUAUAUACCCCAGGUUGAAAGCAGAGCAUACAACAAAAAAAACCCGCCACAAUGACCGCCCAGAACCUUCCUUACGAGCCCGAGUUCGAGCAGGCCUACAAGGAGCUCGCUUCCACCCUCGAGAACUCCACUCUUUUCCAGAAGAAGCCCGAGUACCGCAAGGCUCUCCAGGUUGUCUCCGUUCCCGAGCGCAUUGUUCAGUUCCGCGUUGUCUGGGAGGAUGACAAGGGUCAGGUCCAAAUCAACCGCGGUUUCCGUGUCCAGUUCAACUCCGCUCUGGGCCCCUACAAGGGUGGUCUCCGUUUCCACCCUUCCGUCAACUUGUCCAUCCUCAAGUUCCUCGGCUUCGAGCAGAUCUUCAAGAAUGCCCUGACCGGCCUCAACAUGGGUGGUGGUAAGGGUGGUUCCGACUUCGACCCCAAGGGCAAGUCCGACAACGAGAUCCGCCGCUUCUGCGUCGCCUUCAUGACCGAGCUGUGCAAGCACAUCGGUGCCGACACCGACGUCCCCGCCGGUGAUAUCGGUGUCACCGGUCGCGAGAUCGGCUUCAUGUUCGGCCAGUACAAGAAGAUCCGCAACCAGUGGGAGGGUGUCCUCACCGGUAAGGGCGGCAGCUGGGGUGGUUCUCUCAUCCGUCCCGAGGCCACCGGUUACGGUGUCGUCUACUACACCGAGCACAUGAUCAAGUACGCCUCCGGUGGUAAGGAGUCCUUCGCCGGCAAGCGCGUCGCCAUCUCCGGCUCCGGUAACGUCGCCCAGUACGCUGCCCUCAAGGUCAUCGAGCUCGGCGGUUCCGUCAUCUCCCUCUCCGACUCCCAGGGUGCUCUCGUCCUCAACGGCGAGGAGGGCUCUUUCACCCCCGAGGAGAUCAACGCCAUUGCCGCUAUCAAGGUCGACCGCAAGCAGAUCUCCGAGCUCGCUUCCACCGAGGCCUUCGCCUCCAAGUUCAAGUACAUCCCCGGUGCCCGCCCCUGGACCAACAUCACCGGCCGCAUCGACGUCGCUCUCCCCUCCGCCACCCAGAACGAGGUCUCCGGUGACGAGGCCAAGGCCCUGAUCGCCGCUGGCUGCAAGUUCAUCGCCGAGGGUUCCAACAUGGGUUCCACCCAGGACGCUAUCGACGUCUUCGAGGCUCACCGUGAGGCCAACGCCGGUGCCUCUGCUAUCUGGUACGCCCCCGGUAAGGCCGCCAACGCCGGUGGUGUCGCCGUCUCCGGUCUCGAGAUGGCCCAGAACUCUUCCCGCGUUAGCUGGACCUCCGAGGAGGUUGACAACCGUCUCAAGGGUAUCAUGGAGGACUGCUUCAAGAACGGUCUCAGCACUGCUCAGGAGUACGUUACCCCCAAGGAGGGAUCUCUUCCUUCCCUGGUUGCCGGCUCCAACAUUGCUGGUUUCACCAAGGUCGCUGAGGCCAUGAAGGACCACGGUGACUGGUGGUAAAUCAGUCGCCCUCCGUCCUGGAUAUACUGAUCCAUUCCUGAUGGAAUGAGGUAUAAAAACGCUACAUGGUUCUUUUGUCAACGCCACUUUUCAUUCAAUGGAGGGCGACGGCUUGGAUCUGUAGUCAUGCAUUCUCCCCACGUUUUCCUUUUUUGUGUCGAGCGGGUAUGGAUAGAGGCGCCGGUUUUUUACUUUUCUUUUCACCCCCAUUUCGUUCUUGGUGGCAUUUGAUAUUCCCACUUGAGCAUCGGGUUUGCUUUUGGAAUAGUCCUGAUGAUAAUGAAAUUCAAUGAUCUAUAAAUAACUUUUUUCCACUGUAACAACCUUG